GUGUAUAAAAUACCUCUUCAACUACACCAACAAAAACACUUUGUUGUUUCGUUUCACGUAUAAUAUGUACACAAGUAUGUGGGACACUGUCGUGUAUAAUAACCAACAUAUAUCUGGUGUUGCUCCUCUUACCUUUUAACUUUAUGUUGGAAUACCAAUCGUCAAUUCUCUUUGCACACAAAGGAAUUUGUCAGACUAAGUGAGAUUUCGGUUAAAAGAUCAAGAGUGUCAGUGGAUGGUGUAAACCUUUUCGAAUUUUCUUAAUUUAAUUUAAGAAAGUUGUAAAUGAUUCAAAGCUGAACUAGUUGAGAUUUGUGUAAAUGGAAAGAAAAUUGUGAAGAUUUACGGAAAAGGUGUAGAUGAUAUUAUUAAAUUAGCUGGUAAAUUGAUCCGUUCACAGUUUCAACCAAUACACAUAAACGCAUCUGUGAGUGUUAACAUCCACAGAGGACCGCAUUCCAAGAGCUCUGGUGUGUUACCUACUGUUAAAUGAUUUUUUUAUCCGUACCCACCAACUAUUUCAUGUAAAAAUAUUGGUUUUGUCGUCGAUUUUUUCUGCGUUUAAUUGCGGUUGAUCGAUAUUUUUAUCACACAUUUACUACCGACAAAUGAGCCGAUUUCUUUUAAAUGAAUAUUCAAUGGAAAAUGCGAAACAUAAAGCUCAAUAACAAAAGAGUUCAAUGACCAAUACGGAACAAACCUUUGUUUUGUUGUAAGAAAUGGAAUUCUUGCCACUGUGCGAUGUGCUGUUCAAUAUAAUUUCACUAGCAGGAUAUUUUUGUGACGUUGUUUUUGAUGUAGUUUUUUGCUAUGCCUUGCUGGAACGCGGACGAACAACAUAUUCGGUUGUGGUGAUUUUCUCAAUCACAUUUUCACUCAUUAUAUCCCAGAUUGUGUCUCUUCGAUGGUACCUCAAUAAAUCACGGACAGAUUCAACGAGCUCAUCGGCAACGAACAGCAUUGACAAAAAACAGCAACAGAACCAACAGCACGAACAGCACCAUCAAAAUCACCAACAAAUGAUUGAACAACUACCGGUGAAAACAGUGAAAUUUGGAAAAAUAUGUGUUAUAGCCCUACAUUGCGGUAUGUUGGGUGUGCUAUGGCGUUAUGCUAAAUUAUUUGUACCAGUCGAUUUGCGCCACGUUAAGCACGAAGUUCGUGACUUAUGUAUGCUACGGAUAGUGCAUGCGUUUUGCGAAGCAGCCCCAAUGCUUCUACUUCAACUUCAUGUGUACGUGACUAUGCACAACGAAGACUAUGUGCUAAGCACACCGGAGAUAAAGUUAAAAUCACUGGGCGGUCAAAUAACAUCGGCAAUUGUGCCCAUUCAACCGUCAAAGGCGCAAGAGGAUCAAAUUAAUAUAUUCAAAGAAUUGAUUGUGAUAUCCGUUCUGUUGUCGUUGUUCAGCAUUUGUUGGGCGCUGGCAAGUUUUAAUAAAAACGUCCGAUUGCAAAAUGUUCAUCGACUAGUUCUCACAUGGCUGGGAGUGAUUUUUCAAUUUAUGUGGCGUCUUGGCACAGUUAUUUCACGAGUCGCGUCGUUGACAAUGUAUGCGUCGCUAUAUGGUUCUUGGAUUUUUCUCGUCAUUGUCCUGCAUUGGGUGUCAAUGUUUCUGUGGUUAAUAUCGCCAAAAAAUGUUUUUCACGGCGAACGAAUAUCGCGAUUCAGAAAGGCUACUCUAGUCGGAUUGAUUGCGUUUGUGUAUGUGUUUGCGUAUAUAAAUUUGCAAGAAGUUAAGCAUCGUCAAAAAAUGGUUACAUUUUACGUGGUCAUGUUUUUGGAGAACUCGUUGCUAGUUUUCUUGUGGUUGGUGGGCAUUUGGAGUGUUAAGCCCGACAAUUGGUACAUGGUUCCGAUGUUGGUGUUCUUUACAUUUGCUGCUGGGAUGGCAUUUAUGGUGCUGUAUUAUCGAUAUUUUCAUGUUAGACGACUGGGAUAUUUAGCUGGUGGACGACCUGGUGAAAUCAUUUCAAAGGGCGAUGGCAAUCAUCAAGUAUUUAUCUCAAAUGAAAAUCAGCUGAAUGACGGGUUGAAAUAUUCACCACAUGCCAUACCAGGAGUAUUCAAUUGCCGAUUCACGAGUCCAGUUGGAAACUGUGCUGCUAAACGAAAAAAAAAGAAACCGACGACAUUCAUUCCACCACCGACGUUAUUGUCAUCUCUCCAAAACACUACUGAUCAAUCGAGCGGACUUUUGUCAAUACCAUUUUGGCGUAGACCAUUGCCCAGAUCUCAAACUGGCGGCUCUAGUGAAAAUGAAGGAAGCGCUGGGUCAAGAGUGAAUAUUCAUCAGAAGUUACAGGAGAAAAAGCAAAAACAAUUGGCCGAAUUAAAGAUAAUUGAAGAAGAAAUCAAGCAAGGAAAGCUUGUCGGGCCGAGCUUUGCAUCGAAUUUAGUUGAAUCUGGUGAUGAUGGCCGAGAAUCUCUAUUACGACAACCCAUACCACGCACUAAAAAGCACAUCAAUGUCGAACCAAUUGAAUGGAGAGGACCCAGUCCAGACAUCGGAUCGGCAAAUAAAGUCUUCAACGACUUGAAUGUUCUGUCACCAAACUUAGACGAAGUGAACAAACUCAACAAAUACGCCAAUUAUGACCCUCUGUACAAUAGUUUUGGGUUAAAUGGAAUCAAUAUACCAGCUCUAACCAAAGAAAAUUUUGCUACAAUGGAAAGUACAGCGCGUAACAUGUCACCCAUUUCCUCACAGAUGUCUGCAACUGAAAGUAACUCGCUAACACGUCCAUCAGUGCUGCCACGAUCGAAAAUCCAUCACAACUUACCACGGAAUCCAUUUGCCGAAACUUAUCGAAUGAAUUUUUCCAAUGUCUAUGCUGAUGGUGCAAACAAUCGAUCUACAUCGAUGAGUCCCAGAAAUACUCAAAAAAGUCCUAGCCGAGGAGUGUUGUUUGACCAUCAUGCUGGGCUUUAUUUAGAUAUUAAUCACCCUCGUCAAAUAUCGGGAACGUAUAGCAGUAUGGAACAUUCCGGUGUUGAAAAUUUGCCGUUUCCCUACAGUGUGAUACCCCCACCUAAAAGUAAAUUGGACAGCCGUCAACAGACCCCAACAGCACCAUCAAUGUGCGCCAAAUUUGCGCCGCAGAGAAUAAUUCAACGACAAAUGCAACGUGCUAAAACACCAGAAAUUCUAUUGGCACCACAUUACUUAGACAAUUCCCGAAUCUAUUAUGAAUGGGCCUGUAGAGAACAGUCCAGAUUUAAAAGCAACGAUCAGCAUAGACUAAGUAGUGGCGAUGAAAAUCUAGACGACCGCGAUGAAAGUGUUUUGGAUGGAGAUUUGAGUGGCAGAAUGCCGUCCGAUAUUGAUAGUCAGAUGUCCCUACCGCGGUCAUACACACUGCCUCGGGAAUAUAAAUAUUAUAGACGUAACAAGGCCAGAAAAAUAAUCAAAAAUGAACAUUUCAUAACCAGCACCAACAGUAGUGACGGUGAUGUUGAUAGCGGUGACGACAAUGAAUCGGAACGUCAAUCGAACCAAUCAUCGAAUCGUACGUCCAACAAUUCACAAAGACGGUCAUCGAAUGUACGAAAAAAUAAUUUUCAACAUUCGUCGCCCACAUCAACAGCGUUGAAAUCAAAUAACAACAACAACAACAGUUCGUCGUCUCCACUUUCACACCAGCAAUCGUCAUUGCAUCACAUUGCUGCCGCAUCGACAAACUACAUUAAUGCUGGCAGUAAUGUGAUCGGAAAACCAUUGAAUGGUGUCCCAGUGGGUGGUGGCAGCGGGUUGAAUGCAAAUAAUCGCCAUCGAUUGCGUGCGUAUGGAAACGGAAAAGGUGCAAUGGUUAGGCAUGAAACUAAGUUAUAAUUAUUUUGGGAGAGGGAUAUGUCGCAGCCAUCGACAUUGUGUCAGGCAGAAUGGCCAUAGAGCGUUUCAGAAUUUUUUGUUUUUAAUUUGCUCUCAACGACAUUAUUGUUGGAAUUUCAUUUUUCUUUAUUAUUUUAAUUUAACUUAUUGAACAGAGUUGGGGAACACAGUGUUUUCGAUUACAACAUUAAAAUUGUUGGGAGCUUAAUAGACUGGUUUUUUGUAUGUAAAUUUAUUUUUGCUAAAUUUAAUAUUUUUAUUGUGUAAAUAAAAUCAUUUUUUUAA